GAUAAAAGGACCAGUUAGUGAGCGGCCAGGCGAGGUAGCGUAAGCACUCAUCGCGCGUCUCUUCCUCACUGUUGCUCAUAGUUGGAGUCCUCAGCCUAGCCUUGCACCACAGACUCUGUGGCUUGGACUGUUCAUUUAUUAUCCAAAACCACCAAAAAUCAUUCACAAUAUCAGCUUCAGAGAAGUGGUCCUACUGUACACAGGGCCAACCGUGGUGUAAACCUACAAAGAUCGAGUGCCUCAAGAAGCAACAUGAGCAGCAGCGUCACAGUGUUGCUGACGGUCGCCUUUGCCAGCUUUAUCAGCGCCUUGGAUUUUCAGGAUGGUUGUACGGUUCACCGUGGUAUGGAACAGACCGUCCUGGGGUCAUCCCUGAACCUGAUGUUGGCUGAGCCCUUGGACAAGAAUCUAUGGGUGACAGUGACAAGAAAUGGGAAAAAUUUUACGCUGGGGUUGCCAAAGGAGAAAGCCUUCAGUGGACAGGAAAAAUGGACGCAGGCGAAGCUACAGGUGUUCCCCAAGCUCGAGCUGUUUUUGGCGGGGCAACUAGUGGCGAGUGGGCCAGACAUACCCCACCCCCGCCAACCUCUCUACCUUGUCAUGGCAAACGUACAAUUUAUGACCGACUGUCCACAAGGUCAAUCCAUAUGGAACCUAACAGUCAACGACGAUCCGGUCGAGUUCCGGCUAGAAAAAGAUGAGAAUUUCACAAUCCUGGCGACGGAAGCGGCGCCCUUGCUGCUGAACAUCAACCAGAAUGAUAUGAGCCUGUGUAUGAACGAAGAGGGUACACCUCUUCUCAAGAUGUCCACAGACGGGUGUGGUGAUCUCGGUCUGCUGCCUGGCGUUCAUCUUCACCUGAACUUAAAGCUCACUACCAAUGACCAAUAUAAGAUCAUCGGUAAUGGCUUCACACUAAAGAGCCCGGUAAGGAUAAACUAUGGCUCCAACAUCAGGAUGGAGGUGAAGGAAAACAUGACGGGCAGUAUAUACGUGGCCCACCCCUUGCCCACCGACCCCAAACACACAUCAACGCCAGUGUCGUUGAUAGUGGUGGUGUUAUCUGCUGUUUUGUCGGUGGUGGGAGUGCUGCUAGUGCUGAGCAUCGUCGUCAUUGUGUUGCUGGUGCGCUUUAUGGUGUCUAGCUCGGCGCCGACAUGGCUGCAAAAUCAGAUGUUCCCUGCGAAAAACGGUCUACCGGAAAGGCAAGAGGGUAAUGGCCCUCGGAUUCUGCAGUCGUCCACAAAAAGUAAUGGUCCUCAGGAACAGCAAGGUGGUGAUCCUUGGGCCCUGCACAGGGAGAAGCACCAGUCUAUAAUACCGCCUCAGCCGCCACGUCGCCAAAACUUCACCUCACCCCCAGCACAUGCCGACGAACUUGAUUACGUGACUGCCAAGGAAGUGAAACCCGUGGAGGUGGAAAUCCUGAAGCAUGAAAAAUUUUUCCAAGGCAACAUAUCCCAUAAUCCAGAGUCUUCUUUGCAUUCUUCAGCUUCCCGUCAAUGUUCUAGUGAUGCUUCUCAUUCCCUGGCCUCCCGAAAGCAAUCUUCAAACACUACUGACACCACCUACCCCAACGAGGAAGAUUAUGUCAAUAUACGACUAGCACCCAUGGGGCAAAGAUUAGCAGAGUCCUGCACCUAUGAUACUGUUGAGAACAUCGCCACAAGCGAUUAUAACUACUGUGACAUGAACGCCUUUCAUAGAUAAAAGCCCCAUCCUGAGAAAUUCCAUACGGUUAGGACAUCUAGCAGAGGACGUAGUGUCAGCUAGGAGCAUUCUGUUGAGCUGCCUGGAAUAAUACAUUGAGCUAUGAGCUUAACGUGCAGCGAAAUGCUCAUCCUAGGGUUGUGGUUUUAAAUUUAUUUGUUUUGCUUUCGUUGAAAUAUGUUUCUAAUAUAGAUUAAAUGUUAGGCAUCAUCUUCAUAUCAGUAGUCGUCAACAGAAGUAUACCCUUUACCUGAAUAUGUAGGCAUGUUGUAUAUUUACGGAUUGCUAUGCUCAAAUUGUCAUUGUAUUUUGUCUUCACCAAUUUUCUGUUUUGACCAACGUAUACUGUCUAUGUUUCAUUAAGCUGUAUGAUCUGUUAAAAGAUAACAUUAUGGAUAUGAUUCCUCGGGACAAAUGGAAACAGACCCAGAGAGAUAACUUUAUUCCUAACAUUUCGUCACGAAGGACUUUAACAAAGUUAUCUGGUCUGUGUUUCCUUAAUACGCCCAAGUGUCUGCUUUUUUAAAAUAGGUUAAAGUAUACCGUGUGUGAAAUGGCACAAUUAACGUUAAGAUAGUGGGCAUUGUGAAAAAUGAAGUGCUUCCCUGUUUGAAGUACUGUCAUCCUAUCUGGUCUCCGAGAUAUGCUAGAGACUGUCAAUAGACUGAGGACGUCCAAAAGAGGGCCCUCAAACUGGUGCCUACACUCCGGCACCUCAGGUACCCAGAGAGACUCGAGUGCCCGCAGUUGCAUAGCUUGCUUUAUACCAUAGAUGGGCAAGGGGUAAUUUAAUAGAAAUUCAUAAGCACCUCGAGUGCUCACACCUUCAACAAGAGGAUGCCCGCCCUACUAGAUUAAAGAAUCCACAAGUUCAGAAAAUUGCCAGGGCAAUCAUUUUUGGGGAGUGGGAGUUGUGAACUCUUGCAAUAGUCUGUCAGUGUGUUGUGAUGGCACCAAGUGUGAGUUCAUUUCAGGUUCAAACACAUUCUGGAACAAGUACUUGCCAACAGUGCGUAACAGAGCCGUGGCUGACCGCCCAAGCGGUUAACAGGUGGCGAAGAGGAUAAAGUGAAGUUAAGGCUAAGCACACUGCUGUCCAGCUUUUCAGGGCGACCAGAGUGGAAAGUUCUCGGUGUAUUUUUCUCUGUUGCUUUCUCAUGUCUCUGGAUGCAGGCGUGCCGACCAUUUCCUCCUCCAGGGCUGGCCGUGGAUAGUGUAACAGCGAGUCUGCGACCAAUGAAAAUUACAGCCAUGUACAUUGAAAAUCAAAGUGACUGUGUAUAUUGAAAAUCGGUGAUUGAACCCUGAACAUUACAGUGACGGUUUACAGUGAAUUAACUGUGUAAGGUCCCCAGUAGGAACACCAUUUUCAUUACUGUGUAUUUUGUAGUGUGACUAGGAAUGACUGUGAGUGAAUUAUUACUAUAUAAAUCUUGAGAAAAUUUGAGGAAAUAAAUUAUCUAGGUUUGUAAACUUUUGAUCUCUA